CGGCUCAUGCCCAUAGCAAUUGGGUUCUGUUCAGAUUCGGUUUAGUUGAUUUCCGCAGCUGGCGGCGAUGGAAGUGCCGCGAUUACGUCGAGCCCACGUCAAAUGAGAUUUUAGCUUGGUUUUCGUUUCGGUAUCGGUUUUGGUUUCGGGAUCAUAUCGGGGGCAUCGUGGAAUUUGUGGCAUUUUUGGGAAUAGAGCUCCAACGCGCAUUCGCAGUGAUCCAAGGAGUGGCAAACCUUGAGCCCCCUGUGGCAACCAUCAAUGCUACAACCUUGAACUUCAGUCGUAGUCCACAUAGUGCCUCUCAAUUAGAUGCAGGCCAUUCAGUCGGUCUUGCAGUCAUUCAGUCACUCGGCUGGUCGGUUGGUCCGCUCUGAGUGAGUGCAUCUCGUGGUGUAUAAAAAUAAAUAGCAUCAGCAGCACCAGCACCCAAAAUAAAAACCAUAAACCACUGGCGCAGGAAGCGCUGUGCUGCCAAUUGGCGUACUUGCCAAGGAGAUACUAUACGCGCAUCCCACUGGGAAUACCAAGUACUAGAAUACUACGUACGGAGCACAGUUGGCCAUGGAGAAGAAGGUCUACCAGGACACAACCCGACCGCUGCCCAGGGUCCCCCGUGCACGGUACUAUAACAGGCACGACAAGAGCGAUCUGGGCGAGGACUUUGUGGCGCCCGACGCGGGAUGGGCGUGGGUCGUUUGCGUCGCCGCUGGCGUUUCCAAUCUCUCCAUUUACCCCUGCCUGCAACAGUUUGGCUUUCUGUUCAGGGAGCGCCUGUCCGAUCUGGGCAUGUCCAGUUCCCAGAUUACAGCCAUCAUCAACGCAAAUCCGGCCGUAUCGGCCUGCACGGGUCUGCUCAAUGGACCGAUGUUCCGGAGGUUCACCUUUCGGCAGGUGGCCAUGGCCGGAUCUCUGCUAAUCUCCGGGAGCCUCAUACUGACCGCCUUCUGUGAAACCUUUCUCAGCUACAUGGUGGCCUACGCCCUGUUGUUUGGCUUUGGCAUGGGCAUUAGUGUGUCGGCCUCCUCGCUGGCGAUCAACACGUACUUCCAGAAGAAGCGUCGUCGGGCGGCCGGGUUUUCGUGGACCAUAACGGGUCUGGGACCGAUCUUCCUGCCGCACCUGGUCACCUUUUUGCUGACCAUAUACGGGGUGCAGGGGACCACGCUGCUCUUCGCCGCCAUCUCGCUGCACUCGUUCGUUUGCGCCCUGAUCUAUCAGCCGGUUCGGUACCAUGUGAAGCCACCGGAGGAGCAGCUGGUGGAUCAGGAGCAGCAGGCGGAGUCGCUGUGUGCCCACUGCACGUGGCAGCAGAAACGCGAGCCGGGCGGCAUAUUCUCCAGUCAGUAUCUGUGCCAGGACGACGAUGCCCAGCGACCGGGCUACGAGAUCUGUGAGCCCGGCACACCGAUGCUCUCGCGCGCCAACGAUGGCUGGUAUGGAUCCCGGCUGUCGCUGACCUCGGGCCGCCUUCGCUUCCGCACCAUCUCGAGCUCCAAGGAUCUGGAGCAGACCCAGCGACUGCAUUGUCCCAUUAGCGAGGAGCAUAACCACGAGAGCGAUGAGUUCCUGCGGCCCAAUAACUUUCGCAGGGAGCGGGUGGAGUCCAACCUGGAGGCCAAGCUGUGUUGCCAGUGUGCGGCCAAGCGGGAGGAGCACAACAAUAACCGAAAGGAUAAGGAAGCCGAGGCUGAGGAGGCGGGAAUGGAGGCAGCUCCACUGCACGAUCCGCAGAUGAGCUUUCUGGCCAAGGUGGUGACCUUCUUCGAUCUGGACCUUCUGCGCGACUUCACCUUCGUCAAUCUGGUGGCCGGACUGACCAUCAUCAACUUUGGGGAGCUCAACUUCUCCAUACUGACGCCCUUCAUCCUGGUGGACUUUGGCUUCGAUACCCCACAGAUUACGCUGGCCAUGUCGCUGCUGGCGGGACUGGACAUCACCAUGCGCUUCCUGGUGCCCUUCCUCACAGAGAAGAUUCCGUGGGACAACCGGGUAUUCUUCCUCAUCGGCGUGGUGGGCAUCGCACUCGGCCGCACAGUGGUGGCCUGCACGCGUUCCUACAGCCUGAUCCUUGGCUGCUUCGUGUGGAUCGGUCUCUGCAAGGGCGUGCGUACCAUCUUCUGGCCACUGAUCAUACCCGGCUAUGUGCCUCUGAACCGCCUGCCAGGCGCCUCGGGACUGCAGCUGCUGAUCUCGGGACUGUUCACCCUGAUCGGUGGUCCAUUUGUGGGCUUGGUGCGCGACCGUUACGACUAUUCGGUUACCCUGCACUGUCUCAAUAUGAUGUCCUUUGUGGCGGCGGCAUCCUGGUCCUUGGAGGCCCUCAUCCGGCGGCAUCGCCGCAAACAGCGCCUGGUGAACAGCUGAGGAGCUCCUCGGAAGGCUGAACCCAACUCAAAGACAUUGUAGCGUAGGGAGAACUUCUUUUUUUUUUGCUAGCCUUAAGGAAACGUUUUGUAUAAUAAAUGUGCCUGAUCAUUUUUGCAUUCGA